AUGCGUGAAAAUGACACAAUAUGUCAAAUUAUCUUCAAAUGGCAGCGUCGAUUUGAGAACCCCGUUCCGUUUUUGUUUCCCCUCUGGCCCCGCAGCCGUCAGUGUAGUGUAUCGUACCCAGCAAGAGAAAACUUGAAAUUGUGUUGCUAUCGCUGGCUUAAUUACUUUAAUUCCCUUCACAAGGGCAUCAGUAAUAUAGUCGUCACACACAUCAUCCACAAUGUCCGUCGACAAGGAGGAACUGGUGCAACGCGCAAAGCUGGCGGAGCAGGCUGA